GGGAAACGAGAGUGCAGAAAUCGCGAUCGACAAUUCGCAGUGUUCGGUCAGAUGCAAUCGGUUUUGGCGCGUGUGGUUGCGUACGUGUCGCGUGACUGUUGUUUCGCGUAUCUGUGCGCGCUCGGUAGGUCAAAAUGGCGUGAACCGACCGUGCGAUUUUAGGUUAUCUUCGCUCGUGGCCAAAUAACGACGGAUCCAGGAAUAAAAGCCAAGCGUCCAUAGACACGUCUGACAAUCCUUCCCUUCGUGUCACGCAUCGCGAUCCUCCACGUGCGUUUUUUGGCCCGGAGUUACAUGAGUUAUGAGGACGGAAUGCCCGCAGGCGGUAACAGUCGUUUCCGCGGUUACCCAGCGCGGAUGUCCGAGCGACAACAACUCGCGCUCCUUCUUCAAAUGACCUCUCAAGAAAUAGUAUCAGGUGGGAACAGAACGGAAACCACGACGACAAGCACCACCCCGAGAUCAUCGACGUUGCAACAACGGGGGUCCAAGGGACGCUGGACGAGCAAGAAUGGUGAAUCAGCGGUCCAGGCAUCCAUCAAUCGCAAAGAAGAUUUUCGCGUGCGGCAGAUGCUCGUUAAUGGAUACGAACUGAACGCUAAAGAAACUAACGAUAUUACAGGUGCGAGUUCACCUGAUGACAGCACGACCGCUGCCUCCGAUAACCCAUGCUCUCCGGCUGAAACGAGCACAGCUGCGUCGUCCAACGAGCAACAAGAACAGGACCAACAACAACAACAACAGCAGCUUUACCAACAUCAACAUUCUCAGUUUCAACAACAACAGCAACGUACAACCGGAAGUGCGGCAACCGCUGCACCGCACGUUGCUGAGGACAGUGGAGCCCCCUGUGAGAUGCGGAGGACACCACCGCAAAAUAAAGUCGAUAGAUCGGGAACCGGGCAGUCUGGAAGCUCGCCGAGGGUGACGCUUCGGCUCAACCAGGUGCGAGGGGCGAGGGAUGAAAAGAAAGGAGGGGGCUCUACUAACUCCCGUCAGGGCGGCAUGAACGCACAGAAUCAAAGUCAAAUGGAAAGUUCGUCGAAAGCGUCGUCGAACACCUCGUCGGGGAGCGUGAAUGCCGCCUCGGGCUCGAGCGGCCCUGGGAACACAUCGUCAUCCGUCACGGACAGUGGCGAUGUGUACGAGUUCAAAAGUUCGAAGGAACCGACGCCUGUAAGAGGUUCGAGUUCUUCGCCAAAUCCUAAUCCUGAUAAGGAUAAAGACGGCGGCAAGUCUAGCAGCGGUCAAGGAGGUCAAAGUUGCGGUAACAAUGCGUCCAGUGGCGGGAGCGGUUCGACGACAUCCUCUGGCGAAACAACAACGACGUCGAUCGCUACCGACGAUGCUCCUACGGUUUCGGCCUCGCCUUCUUCCAAACGCGCAUUUGAGAGCGACAAUACCGACGAGCAGGACGAAGAGAAUCGUCGGAAGAAACGAAAGGAUACAGAGCCUGCGAAGGAGAGUUCCAAAGGCGCGACUACUGGAAGGCAAAGUACCGGAAGAAAUGCUACCAGCACGGGAGAAAAAUGUGCAAAAUCGGGUAAACAAGGAGCUGGCGCGACCUCCGGUAAAAGUAAUCAAAACACAACCUCGAUCAGCGCCGACAGGAAGAGUCCGAGUACCUCGAUGGCGAGUAGUCCGAAACCUUCGAAUCCUUCUGGUUCGGCGACAAGCACAAAAACAACUACACCAGCACCUCCUGAAUCCGAUGGCGAAGAUGAUCGAUCGAAAGGUUCGGAUUCCAGUUCAGCUCCCAAAGUGCCACCUUUGAAAAUAGUUAUUCCGCAAAGUACCACGUCCGAACAAGAGCAGGGGAAUAGAAAUGGAAAAAACACGUCGAAUAGAAGUCACCAGCUACCCUACGUAGUCGCGAGUUCUAAUAGCAACGACUCAACGGAUAAAGAUCAAAGUCAAUCUGCCAGUGGCACGACGAGUCCUACGGAAAGUGGGAAUAGCGCUAAAAGCGAGGACAAAAAAGAUUUUAGUGGUGCUUUGCACGGGGAAGAGAGAUCGACGCAUCAUCAGAGGGUACUCAGAAGCUCGCAUAGAUCUGGCAAUGGCGGCAAUGGCUCGACGUCGUUGAAGGAAACCGCUACCUCUGGAGGUAAUGGAAACUAUUCGAAUUCAUCUCCGCUACCAGCGGCUACUUCAACGGAUCGCUCGAAUAACUCGUCACCGCAACAACGACAUCACUCGCCCACGCCUGAAACCACUGUCUCCGAAUCCAAUAAAACCAGCGCGACCGAGGCUGCGAGUAAUAGCGCCACUUCGAAGACAAAUGUCAUCGUAGAAAAGUCGGAGAAAAAUACCGAAACUAGCGGUAAGAGUCAGAAAGAUAGCAAUGCGGAAAAUUCGGAAAAUACUUCGACGACUACCUCAUCGACGACGUCGAACGUGGGUACUCCAGCACCACCCGUUGAACUUCACCCCAGGAAAAGAAAAAUGAAACCUAAUAAAGAAACGCAAGCUGCUACGGCUGCUUCUAAUGAAUCAUCCGAAGCAACUAACGCGGGUCCGGAAGUUCAUCCACACGAUCAACCUAUCACUAACUGUUACCAAUUGUUCCUCAAUAUUAGAAAACAGAUCGAAAGAAGAAGAAAGGGCCUUUUUCCAGUACAACCGAAACCACCUCAGGGAUUCAAAGAUUAUUUAAUGAAUCGUUGUACAUACGUAUUAGCCGGAAAUGCGAACAAAGAGCCAAACGUCAAUCCUCCGGUUGGAUUGCAAGGCGCUAUGAAGGACUUGUACGUUGAACAAGAAAAAGAGAGAUACCGUCUGAGAAUGCAGCAUGUCGUUGAAAAAGAGAAAUUAGUUUUGUCAGUGGAACAGGAAAUCCUUAGAGUGCACGGUAGAGCUGCUAGGGCCCUUGCUAACCAAGCUUUACCCUUCUCUGUUUGUACCAUAUUAAAAGACGAAGAGGUGUAUAAUGUUAUUACCCCGGAACAAGAAGAAAAAGACAGAAACGCGAGGAGUCGAUAUAACGGACGAUUAUUUUUGAGUUGGUUGCAAGAUGUGGAUGAUAAAUGGGAAAAAAUCAAGGAAGCGAUGUUGCUUAGACAUCACAACGAAGCUGAGUCGUUGCACGCUGUGCAGAGAAUGGAUUGGGAAUGGAAAUUAAAAGAAGUUGGACUAUGUGAAUUUAAAGCGACACCUCAGAUAGAAGACGUUCAUGUUCCUAUGGUGCAUGUUUCGGAUGAUUUUGACUUACUUCCAGCUUAGUGUACAGUGAUUGCACAAUUGACUUGACAUAACUCUUUUGCUCAUACCUUUGAAAUUGUUCGAAGGUAUCGACUAUAAUCUGUGAUCUCUAUAAUAACGUAUCUGCCAGUCUUGGAUGAUUAUCAGAUUACGUUGUGUCAUUCUUAAAACUAUUACUACACCUAGAAGAGGCUGUAUUUAAGAGACAAUUUGACUCUCUAAUUGGGUUACUUUAGAGUAUUUAUAUUUUUGUUAACUUGUCAAAAUUGUUCAUAGCAUAUUUUAUUCCCAAAUUGUACAUUUGAAGACAAAAAAAUUAUGAACGUCGACCGGAGAUUUGUAAUACUCCUUACACACGCAUCAAUUAGGAGUUACGAAUUUCCAUGUUAAUAAGUUGAUACUGUAUUUCACAGUAUGCAAUGUCUAUAUAAUAAUGUAUUGUAUAUAUUUUCUACCUAGGAACUCGUAAUAGACUUUUAAACAAUGUAUACAAAUUUUAGACUAAGAAGUUGUGUAAUAAAUGAAACUGCUUCGAAUUUCAAAUUA